AUGGCGGAAGGUACCAAGGCCCAGGAGAGGUUUGCCCUCAUCCAGGAGAAUCUGGCCGAGGUCAUGAACCCCGAGAUCAUCGAGAAGAUCCUGGCCGAGGGACGCAACCCAAAGAUUUACUGGGGAACCGCGACAACGGGUAGACCGCACUGCGGCUACUUCGUGCCCGCCAUCAAGCUGGCCCAGUUCCUCGCCGCCGGCUGCGAGCUAACCGUUCUUCUUGCCGACAUCCAUGGCUUCCUCGACAAUCUUAAGGCCCCGAUCGAACUCGUCGAGCAGCGUGCAAAAUUUUACAAGUUCGCCAUCACGAACAUCCUCAACGCCGUCGGCGUCUCCACCGAGAAGCUCAAGUUCGUCCUGGGCAGCUCUUACCAGAAGAGCCCUGAAUACAUUAUGGACGUCUACAAAAUGAGCUCGCUUAUCAGUGAAAGAGACGCGAAAAAGGCUGGUGCGGAGGUCGUGAAGCAGUCUGACAACGCCCCCAUGAGUGGUCUACUCUACCCUGUGCUCCAGGUUUGUGAUGAGGAACACCUGGGCGUUGAUGCUCAGUUUGGAGGCAUGGACCAGAGAAAGCUGUUCGCGGCGGCAACUGAAUGGCUGCCCAAGGUCGGAUACCAGGUGCGCGCACAUCUAUUGAACCCCAUGGUGCCCGGCCUCAACGGCGGGAAGAUGAGCUCGAGUGACCCUGACAGCAAGAUUGACCUUCUCGAUGCGCCUGAGGUCGUGCAGAAGAAGCUCCGCAAGGCUGAGUGUGUGCCCAAGGUUGCCGAGGGCAAUGGUGUUCUGGCCUUCGUCGAGUACGUGCUGCUUCCUGCCGCGGCUCUGAAGGGCAAGAAGGAAUUCCGCGUCGAGCGCGAGCGCGACGGUCUCGAGCCCCUGGUGUACACCGACAUCGCUGAAAUGCACACAGACUACAAGAACGACGUAUUGACGCCUCAGCUGCUAAAGCCUGCCGUAACCAAGGCUCUUAACGAACUCCUGGCGCCCAUUCAGAAGGCGUUCCAGGACUCGGAGGAAUGGAAGGAAAUUACGCUGAAGGCUUACCCCGUGGUAGAGGACGAUAAGAAGAAGAAAAAGAAGCAGCCCAAGGACAAGGGCUCCCGCUACCCCGGCGGAAACAAGGGCGGCGCUGCCGCCCAGGAUGGAGCCGCCAAGGAGUCGGAGCUGCCUGUGCGACCAGCUGAGGAUGCCGCCCAGUGA